AGAAUAAAUGUUAACAAAGAUGAUUGGGUUGAUGCUGAAAUUUUUGAUCCUGAAAGGUUUUUGAAGACUGAGAAUGCUAAAGAAGCUAAUAAUAAAAGAGACAUUGCAACAUUUGGUGGUGGUGCUAGGAUUUGUCCGGGAAGGCUCUGGGCGCUAAUUGAAAUGAAAGUACUUUUAGUGACAGUCUUAAUGAAAUAUGACAUGGAAUUUGUAAAUCAAGAUCAAGGAUUGGACUUAUAUUUUGACUCAUCUUAUCAUUGGAGAGAACUUAGAAUCCGUUUAAAACCUAGAAUACAUGAAGAAUAA